AUGCACGCCUACACAAAGUACCAACUUCGGCAGUUUGCCCAGAACAAGCUGAAGCGCCGCGCCAUCGGAGGCUAUAGCUGGCUUUUGCCAGCGAAGAGCUCAACCGGUGAGCCCGCGCCGUUGCCGGAUGAAGUGUUGAAGAUGGAGAGCAAAGCAAGCGGCUCCAAGCCCAAGCGCGACAAGGCUAAGAGGGAGAGGUCCGACAGCAGUGAGUGUGGCUCACAGAGCUCCAAGUCAAAUUGUGAGGCCAAAUCCCGCGACUCCAAGCACAAGCGUGACCGUUCACAGCGCGCUGACCGCACCAAAAUGUCUAAGAGAGAGCGGCAGGACAAGGCCAGCGAGAGCGACAGCAGUGAGCAACCUCAGGAGAAGAAGCGCAGCCGGCGUGACCGUGACACUGGGAAGCGGAAGAAGCGUGCACAGACCGACUCCCAAUCCCCAGCCCAGAGCAGCUCCGAGUCGGCCCACCCCGCCUCAACCACGACCAAGACAACGCCCAGGGUCGCCGGCUCUCCUAAGAUGCUGAAGGGCAUGCAGAAGCAAGGCAGGAAAAUCUGCAAGGUUGCCGACAAGAACGGGACCACUUGGCUUUUGCAGUGCCAGUCGGACCCCAAGAAGUACCCCCCUCGGAGCGUUGCAAAGGCAUUGCAAAGCAGCCGCGCCAAGGGACUUGCAGAAGUAACGCACUUCAGCUUAGCGUCAAGUGCCCAGCCUGCGAGCAAGAUGGCUCCAAGCACUUCCACGCCCGCCGCGGGCGAAGUGCCUUGCAAGGAGAAGGGUGAAGAGCCCAAGCCUGAAGAGGCUGCGGCAGUUGAGGAACCAGGGAAUCAACAGAAACAGGGCGACGACAACCUGGACAAGACCUUGGAGAUUGACUUGAACAAGGCUCCGGACAAGAUCUCGGAGGCUAAACAGGACAAGAUCUCGGAUACUCAUGCUGACAAGACCUUGGAGGCUGCCGGUCUGGGAGCUGCUUCUGAUAAGACCGCGCCUCUGGCCAAGACUACAGCGACCAAAGCAGACGAGACCAAGCCGAAGGCCUCCAAUAAACCUAUUAGAACCAAAUUGAAGAAGGGGGACAUUGACACGCUGCUUCCAUGA